CAAAUUCUACACACUUGAAAACAGUUUAAUCACUUAGAUAAUGUAUAAUAGAAAUAAAAGAGAGAUAAAAUUUCAUCGUGGGAAGCUAGCUAUGCUAAUAAUUGCAUGAUCACUUGUCUGUUGUAAGAAAAAAAAAAUCAUCACAAAAUACCCAAAAUAGAAUAUUUAUGCAAGAACAACCUCAAUUCGAUCUAUUUAAUCGUCAUACCACAAACAAAUAGACAAAGGAGAGAAACAAACGGGCACAAGCAACCCCAACAAAACCCAUAAUUAGCAUUAAAAUAAUUAAAGAAAAAACAGAAACACAACCACAAAAGGCCUCAAAUUCCAAAAACUCUCUCUCCACCCUCUUUUUUUUAUCCCAAAUUUUAAUCCUAUAUCCUUCUCGAUCUUCCACCCCUCCUUCAAUAGGAAGGGCGUAGAGACCGAUUGAGCUAUAUGGAGGUGAAGCUGUGUCUGGUUUUCCUUCUCUUGGCAGCUGCCAUAGCAGCCGAGGCCUACUCAUUCUCCGAGCCCAGCUGGGGCCUGAACCAUUUAGAUCAUGCCGUGUCAAGCGCAAGCCGAGUUGGGGAUUACAUUGGUGAUGACAAUGAGAAUUUGUUGGACUCCGAGGCAAGCCGGCGAGCGUUGGCCAGGGGACGCUCGUACAUUGGCUACGGGGCUCUCAAGGCCAACUCGGUGCCUUGUGGCCGCCGUGGCCAGUCCUACUAUGAUUGCCAGAAGAGGCAGAGGGCUAACCCUUAUAAGCGUGGUUGCAGUGCCAUUACUCAUUGCGCUAGAUACACUGGUUGAGAUACGUACGUGCAUGAAUGAUCAUAAUGAUGAAGAAGACCAGAGUAAAAAUCAGUAAUACCGUAUUUUAUUAAUAAAGACUAAUUAGUUUAUUUAAUGCCAUGAAGAGGUGUUGAUGAAUAUAUACAGCGAUAUAUUACAUAUAUUGUUCUCCAAUAUAUUCGUCAUGCUUAUUUGGAAGAUUGUUUUUAUUUCCUAGCCUCCUUUUAUUGUUUUUAUUUUUCAAAAUGUUUUAUAAAAUUUGUUGUGUCCUUUUUCCUAACUUUUAUUGAUUUUGUGAAAGUACAUUAAUUACAGUGAGCGGAAAGCGGAUCAUUUUCUGAUUAUAUGUAUUUGAUAACUUUUAAUUAUGUUCUUAUAUAUAUUUUUCCCUUUCGUAUUCU